AAGAUGAUGAUUAAAAGAUCACAGGAGUCACAACACUAAAUUUGAAAAUACAUUUCCUUAAAUGUCUUUUGAAAUACAUGUAGUCUGUUUUAAUUUCCUUUUAUCAAGCUUUUUUUUUAGUUUUAGACAUAUUUUGGUGUCUCUGAAGCUAAGUCAUUCAGAUUGAAAUUUUCAGACAAAUUUCAGACACCUAUAUAGAUAGAAUUAUAAUGUACAAGUGUCCAAGUCUGACGUUAGACCAAAGUUUUGAGUGGAAAUUAACUUGUGACUGGCUAGAGUCUGAUCCAAUACAAAAAGUGAUGUUCUGUAAUAUUGUAAGGAAACUAAAAUGGAUCAUUCUUUCGCAACUGGAUGAUAUAGCUUGAAAAUCGAGAACAUAAAAGCACAUGAAAAUCCAAAUAGAAAGAAAGUCAGUAAGUUCGUAGUUUAGCAGUUUGUUUUAUGUAAUUCUAACUGCUACAGUUAAUUUCAUUCGUAUAUCAGAAAAUUGCAGAUUUAAUCUUGGUAAAAAGGGUAUGAAAUUAAUUUUAUUAGCUAAAACAACAUACACAGCUUAAACUUUUGUUGGAUUAUUGUUAUUUGACGAGUUUAGAAUAGUAAAAACAAUCCCGUAAUUUAUAUAUCUUAUUAGACCAAAGUUAACAGUGAUUCGUAAAUUCCGUUUUGAGUGGAAAUUAACUUGUGACUGGCUAGAGUCUGAUCCUAUACAAAAAGUCGUUUGACGUUGACGUCUCUUCCUUCGUUAUGUUUAUUCUGAACACUGAAGAAGGCUAAUGUAGCCGAAACGUUAGUUAAAAAUAAAGUGACUUGUUUUAAAAAGUUUUUGUAGUUUUGACUACUUUUAAUACUUAUAUUAGAGAGAAUAGUCGCAUAUGAGCUCUUGAAAUCUUGAAAGAAGUAAAAGAAUAUGAAACAGCCCGGUCCAAACAGCUUUAAGCUUCAGAGGCUGCCGUCAUUGGCGCUAUGAAAAAUGUAACAUUCAUGGCUGCACAUGACCUCCCAAACAGCAUCAUGGCUGAUCUGAUUGAUCUUUGCAAAGAACAGGGUGCUUCCCAUCUGAAGGCACUGCAGUGUGAUGACCACACCACUUACCAACACAACACAUCUGUAGCUGAGUUUCAGCAAGCAACUGAAGUUAUUACUGAUGAACUUAUAAAUGCUGUGAACAUGUCCCCUUAUUUUAGUGUUACACUUGAUGAGCCGACAGACAUAUCUGUCAAACAGAACUUGAUUGUUUAUACUGUAUAUUUUGCCCAAGAGAAAGGCAAAAUGGUUCAAAAGAGUAACUUUUUAGGCUUAGUGCAUUUAGAUCAUGGUGCUACUGCUCAGAAUAUAUUUGAUGCAUUGAUUGACAUUUUGACCAAAAGAGGAAUUGACUGUUCAAUUUAUGUUAAACAAUGUUUUGUUGACUGUACAGUAACUGUUAUGUAAAUUAGUUGAAAAGUAAUCAAAUAAAUUUUAAAACUAUUUGUUGUUGUUUGGUUAUAAAAAGAAACAUGCCAAAUGUCCGCUUCAGUUUUGGCAAUUUUUUUUUUUAGUUAAAAACUUAGCAAUUAUUUUCUAAAGGCCAGAGUGAGCCCUGCAUACUCCAAACAGUGCAAAGAAACAGCAUCCUCUCCAAAGAAAAUCACUGAGGACUAACACGCAAAAUGCUUCGGAUCAAAGUUUUCCUAUUGUGAAAUGUGAUUUUUGCUCAAAAUGCCAUUGGCUCCGUUCGUGUACCGAAAUAACUUGUAAACCAUUGAAGAAGUGAUAUCAGAUUCUAAAGUCAAACAGAUUGCGUUUUGCUUGAUUGUCCAAAGGGAAUCAAAAGUCAGAAUGCCGAAAAAGACAGAAAUGCAAUCAUUGUCGUGGAAAUCAUCCUACUGUAUUGAAUGUUGAACCACAGCAACCACCUUUCUGCAACUUCCAAUUGGUGUUUAUGCAGCCAAGAGUGGUGCUACAUCCAUGGGGGCUGGGGGUGCCCCACAUCAAG